UACUACAGAGAUGCCAUGGAACAGUGCCACAGUUACGAUGCCGGCCAAUGUGCUGAGCGUAGUGUGCGCCUGCCUUUCUUGGACUCACAGACUGGAGUAGCCCAGAGCAAUUGUUAUAUCUGGAUGGAAAAGCGACGCCGGGGACCAGGAUUGGCCCCUGGACAGUUGUCCUCCUACCCUGCCCGGCGCUGGCGGAAAAAGCGUCGAGCCCACCCACCUGAGGAUCCUAGGCUUUCCUUUGCAUCUAUUAAACCAGACACAGACCAGACCCUGAAGAAAGAGGGGCUUAUCUCUCAGGAUGGUCGCAGUUUAGAGGCUCUGUUGCGUACUGACCCUCUGGAGAAACGAGGUGCUCCAGAUCCCCGUGUUGAUGUUGACAGCCUGGGCAAGUUUCCUGUUACCAACAGUCGAGCACGGAAGCGGAUCCUUGAACCUGAUGACUUCCUAGAUGACCUUGAUGAGGAGGACUAUGAAGAAGAUACUCCAAAUCGUCGGGGGAAGGGGAAGUCCAAGAGUAAGGGUGUGAGCAGUGCCCGGAAGAAACUGGAUGCUUCCAUCCUGGAGGACCGGGAUAAGCCCUAUGCCUGUGACAUUUGUGGAAAACGCUACAAGAACCGACCUGGCCUCAGUUACCACAAUGCCCAUUCCCACCUGGCUGAGGAGGAAGGAGAGGACAAAGAAGACUCUCAACCACCCACUCCUGUUUCCCAGAGGUCUGAAGAACAGAAACCCAAGAAAGGACCUGAUGGAUUAGCCCUGCCCAACAACUACUGUGACUUCUGCCUGGGGGACUCACAAAUCAACAAGAAGACAGGGCAGCCUGAGGAGCUGGUGUCCUGUUCUGAGUGUGGCCGCUCAGGGCAUCCGUCCUGCCUGCAGUUCACCCCUGUGAUGAUGGCGGCUGUGGAGACCUACCGCUGCAACCUCUGCGGCACCUCGGAGAAUGACGACCAGCUGCUUUUCUGUGAUGAAUGUGACCGUGGCUACCACAUGUACUGUCACCCAUCCAUGUCUGAGCCUCCUGAAGGAAGGUGGAGCUGCCAUCUGUGUCUGGAUCUGCUGAAGGAGAAAGCAUCCAUCUACCAGAACCAGAACAACUCCUGAUGUGCCGCCCAGCUGCCCACACAUCUAAGGCUGUUGCUCUCCUCUACCUUGGUUUUCAUACCCCUCUUCUUCCUUCACUCUGGUAGUCCUGCCAACCUGCCUUUGGCAACAGCACAGGGAGGUGGCACCUCUGGCUGCCUCUGGCCCCGAGCCCUCAGGGAGUAAGGAGCAGCAAGCUGCCCCAGGGCUGACCCGUGGGCCCAACUUCUCUCUGCUCUCCAAGAAGUGCAUUCACUCUGCUUGCCUUGGGCCCAAGUCCCUGGUAAUCACAGGGUUCAAAUGGGGUCCUCUGAGAAGGAAUAUGA